ACCAAUCGGCAGGUUCGCCGGGAGACCAGCAGCUUACGUCGAAUUCUUAAAUAGGCGGGUUUUCACGCGGAAGUUGCACGUUCUUUUUGUGUUUUCUGAGUUUUUUUUUUUUAUUGAAGUGUGUGGUUGGCUGAAGCUCGCGUGAUAAUUAGUCAUGACGAACCAGGAGAUGCGGUUAAAUCACACUAUUUACAUCAACAACUUGAAUGAAAAGAUCAAAAAAGAUGAACUGAAGAAGUCCUUGUAUGCUAUAUUCUCCCAGUUUGGACAAAUUCUGGACAUUCUUGUCUCCCCUACACUGAAGAUGAGGGGCCAGGCCUUUGUGAUCUUCAAGGAAGUCAACAGUGCUUCCAGCGCACUCCGAUCUAUGCAAGGCUUCCCCUUUUAUGAUAAACCUAUGCGCAUUCAGUAUGCAAAGCAGGACUCCGAUAUCAUUGCAAAAAUGAAGGGCACAUAUGUGGAGCGAGACCGUAAGAAAGAGAAGAAAAAGCCUAAAGCGCCUGAUGCAGGUGCUGGGAAAAAGGCUUCUGCUGCUAUGGCCGGAGUACCUGCAGCCAUGCCUGGAAUGCCACCCCUGAGCCAAGCCCCUCGCAUGAUGCCAAUGCCUGGUCAGCCUCCCUACAUGCCUCCGCCUGGUAUGAUGCCUCCUCCCGGUAUGGCACCUGGGCAGAUGCCUCCAGGUCAGAUGAUGCCAGGACAAAUGCCUGGCCAGAUGCCACAGCAGGUGUCAGAAAACCCUCCCAACCACAUCCUGUUUCUCACCAAUCUCCCUGUGGAGAAGAGGAGGCUAAUGAUGUCUUUGUUUUUAUGCUGGUUUCCCGGAUUCAAAGAAGUCCGUCUUGUCCCUGGACGUCACGACAUCGCCUUUGUGGAGUUUGAUAAUGAGGUGCAGGCGGGUGCAGCCAGAGAAGCUUUGCAAGGCUUUAAGAUCACACAGAGCAAUGCAAUGAAAAUCUCAUUUGCAAAGAAAUAACACUCAUGUACAUGCAGCUUGUAUGACAAAUGACAGUUAUACACAGGCCUGCGUUUAGAAUCCACUUGGAACAGUACAGGCUGUUUAAUGGCUGUGAAUAGAUUACAUGCACACCACUCAAAAGUCCAGAGAUGAAAUGUAAGUUUUUAUUUGAUGUGACUUGCCUUGCUGUUCCCGCUAGAUUUGUACUGCACAAUGGAAGGUAAGGAGUGAAUGGAAAGGUUUACCCCCUCCCCCUCCUCCACUUAUUCUUUUAACUUUUAUUCCCUUUUCUGAGAUGGUCGGCUUUUGUGAGUUUGUAAGUAUGCAGGUUUUUUUUUUUUUUUUUUUUUUUAUUCCAAUUAUGUCUUCAGAAGCAUUGCACCCAGAGUCUGGUUCCCAGACAUUGUACCUGGAGCUUUGUUUUUAUUAAAUCACAAUGAUUUACA